CGGACAUAAUUUUUCAGCGUACACGCGCACCGGAAGUUUAGAGACCACAACGCUCAAUGUGGUUUAGCCUCUAAAUUAAAUUUGCUGCUAAUAAACUCUAUUAGUAUCUAUAUUGGAAAAAAUAUAAGUUAAAACAUGUCUGAUAACGAAGACAACUUUGAUGAUGGAGACUUUGAGGACGCCGAUGAGGACGAAGGAUUAGACGAUCUGGAAAACGUGGAAGAUGAGGACCAGGAGAACGUACAGAUCCUCCCCGCAGGAGAGGGGCAGCAGGCUAACCAGAAAAGGAUUACAACACCGCACAUGACCAAAUAUGAGAGAGCGAGAGUGCUGGGAACACGAGCCCUCCAAAUAGCCAUGUGCGCUCCUGUGAUGGUCGAGUUGGAGGGAGAAACAGACCCCUUGCAGAUCGCCAUGAAGGAACUAAAGAGCAGAAAGAUCCCCAUCAUCAUCCGCAGGUACCUCCCCGACGGCAGCUACGAGGACUGGGGCUGUGAUGAGCUCAUCAUUACCGACUAAACAAACCUGGACUUUCAGCUGAACUUCAGAGCUUCGAUGAUACCAAACAGAAGCAGCAAAUGCAGUCAUUUUAAAACCUGCUUUGCAAGCAUGAGCCAGUAGGGGGAGACAUAACUUUGUUUAAACACAUUUUUUUAACAAACUGAACUUUUGUUGUAAGUAUUCCAAGUGUUGAUUUUGAUCAGAGAUCAUCUGUUUUAUUGUUAUAAAUAAAGUCUUUUUUUAUGAUAA